CGAGAAACAUAAAACAGAAACUGAAAACAACUUAACAAGUGUUUUGAAAAGCACCGAAAACGAAGAUAAAAACAACAAAAUACUAUAAAGUCUCUCUGCCUGCUUUGUCUCCAUCGCUCUCUCUUUACCGCAUCACUUUCCUCGAUCUCCACCAAAGUUACGGAGACGAGCGGGGGACUUUUUGUCCUCCUCCCGGAUUCGCCUAUUGAAUUACUAUUUUCAGUCCCGAAAGCUUCCUGUUUUCGUUGAAUUCCCGAAUUCAUUCCCCAUUUUCAAUGGUUUUCUGGUCAAUGUAGUUAGUCGAUUUUUCUUUAUAUUAGGGUUAUUUAUUUAUUUAUUGAUAUUACGGGGUUCGGUAUCUUAUGUAGUUGGAGAAGGUGGACUUAUGGUUUCGAAAUAAAAAUCUCAUCCUCAUUGUUUGGGAUUAUCAAUAAUUUAGCAUUCUUUUUUUUUUUUUUUUGUCUAUUUUUCAAAUUCUGUCUUCUGGGGGUUUUAUUAUGUUUCACUUUGGGGCUGAUUUAAUGCUUAGAUUGUGAUAAUUUUUGGGUAUUUCUUUUUGCGAAGGAAGGAUUAUUUUAUAUUUAUUUUUAAUCUGGGAGAUUGUGAAUUGGGUAAAUCUGUUGAGAUUUAGGGGUCAUUGUUUUGUGGGUAUAGGAUUAUUUCGCAAAUAAAUGCUCAGUUGGGCACAAAUCUGAUUGGAGUUAGCAAUCUUGAACUUCUGGGCGGGCGUGUAUUGGAGGGAAUUUGAUAAUGGAUCACGUGAUUGCUGGGAAGUUUAAGCUGGGGAGAAAGAUUGGGAGUGGAUCAUUUGGGGAGCUAUAUUUAGGUGUUAAUGUACAAACUGGGGAGGAGGUGGCUGUUAAGCUGGAUCUGAGGUCGCAGAAAAUUGUGUUAGGAACCAAGUAUUAGCUAAAGACACCCAGGCUUUAUGCCUGUUGGCAGCCUUGAGCUGUGCUCAGAAAAUGUGAACAGAACUGUUGAAGCUGGAAUUUCAACAUCUCCAUUGCAUGCAAGGGGGAUAUUUUAGGAAUGGAGUUCUCGGCGCCUUCAACUUGGAACUUAGACUGUAUGGGUAGUAUGAAGGGGUUGUAAGGGGCCUUUCUUGGGGAGGAGGAGUUGGGACAAGACUGCAGUGAUUGAAGGAGAGACCAUAUAACAACCCGGAGUCUGUUUUGGCAGGAAGUGGGGCAAAUCAAUUAUGGAGGAGCCUGUGAAGACCAGACAUCCUCAGCUUUACUAUGAAUCAAAAUUGUAUAUGCUUCUUCAAGGAGGAACUGGAAUCCCCCACCUCAAGUGGUUUGGAGUCAAGGAUGACUAUAAUAUCAUGGUUAUCGACCUUCUUGGACCAAGUUUGGAAGAUUUGUUUAACUAUUGCAAUAGGAAAUUUACGUUGAAAACAGUUUUGAUGCUUGCAGAUCAAUUAAUUAGCAGAGUUGAAUACAUGCAUUCAAGAGGUUUUCUUCACCGUGAUAUAAAACCGGACAACUUCUUGAUGGGCCUAGGGCGUAAAGCAAAUCAGGUUUAUGCUAUUGAUUACGGCCUUGCAAAGAAGUAUAGAGAUCUUCAGACUCAUAAGCACAUACCAUACAGGGAAAACAAGAACCUCACAGGCACAGCUCGCUAUGCAAGCGUUCAUACUCACCUUGGAAUUGAACAAAGCAGAAGGGAUGAUCUGGAGUCUCUUGGCUAUGUGCUUAUGUAUUUUCUAAGAGGAAGCCUUCCAUGGCAGGGAUUAAGAGCUGGCACAAAAAAGCAAAAAUACGAUAAGAUCAGUGAAAAGAAGAUGUCAACCCCUAUAGAGGUGCUUUGCAGAUCAUAUCCAUCUGAGUUUGUAUCCUACUUUCACUACUGCCGGUCUUUGCGGUUUGAGGACAAGCCGGAUUAUUCAUAUUUAAAGAGGCUCUUCCGAGACUUAUUUAUUCGAGAAGGUUGUCAAUUUGACUAUGUAUUUGACUGGACUAUAUUAAAGUACCCUCAGAUUGGUGCCAGCUCUAAAGGACGGCAACAUAGUGGGAAAGCAGGUUUGAAUGCAGGAACAUCUGCAGAAAGACCGGAGAGGAUCUCAGUUGGGAAAGAGACCCGAGAGAGAUUCUCUGGCACAGUUGAAGCAUUUUCCAGAAGAAAUGUCUCAGGCACUAGUCCACGUGAUCGUUCCAGACACAGGACUUAUGAUAAUUAUGCUUCACCCAAGGAUGUGCACCUUGAUUCGGACAAAGGACUGUCUCGAUAUGGCAGUUCUUCAAGAAAAGCUGUCCUCUCAAGCGACAAGCCAAGUUCUUCUGGUGAACACAGUGAAGGUCGUGCAGGGCGCAGUGUCCCUCGCGGUGGCCGGCCAUCUACCACUCAGAGAAUUCAACAUGGUUAUGAGUCAAAACCAUCUUAUACUCGCACUGUUGCUGCUAGAGGCAACCGCAAUGAUCCUCUUCGGAGCUUUGAGCUCCUCUCAAUCAGGAAAUAAUCUGAGUAUUUUGUUAGUAUGGAUAUUUGUUCUGCUUCAAAUGAAUGUAUACAUCUCAGAUUUGGGAAAAUUAUGAAAAUACAUGGGAAAUAACCUCAUCACACGUUCAUAUCACUUCUCUCAUGUCAAAAUUCCUCAACUUAUACUUCCCCUUUUCAUCCACCACAGAUUUUCCGGCAUAUGUAACGUAUAUUAGAGACAUCCCAUGACUUGAAAGUUUAUGUGCUAGAAAAAAUCGAGACGUGGGUAGCUAAGCUCUCUUUGUUUA